CUCGAUAGUUGAAAGCAAACAAACAAACACACAAAACUGAAAUUGCGGGAACAGGACAAAAAGAAAAAAGAAAAAAAUAGGAAGAGUGACAACUCAGACAUGUCAUCACAGUCAGUACACGACUCCGACUCCGGCGACUUCGAGGUGGUGGACAAGGAUGUUACUGAAGACAUCUCCGGUGACCAUGUUUUUGUUUCGGAGCAGCCGAUGAUGAUGUCUGAAGUUGAUCAGUCCACGGGAGGAGAAAAUAAUGGUCCGAUUCUGCCUCCACCGGAACGUAUGGUGGCUGAGGAAGGGUUUGCUCUCAGAGAGUGGCGCCGAUUGAACACAAUACGGCUGGAGGAGAAGGAAAAAAGGGAGAAAGAAAUUGUUAGGGAAAUAAUUGAAGAAGCAGAGGAAUACAAAGCAGAGUACUAUAGGAAAUGGAAACUUAGAUGUGAAAAUAACAUAGCUGCUAACCGAGAGAAGGAGAAGUUAUUCUUGGCAAACCAAGAGAAGUUCCAUGCUGAAGCGAAUAAGGCUUAUUGGAGGGCAAUUGGAGAGCUUAUCCCAAAGGAGGUCCCAACCAUAGAAAAGAAGGGAAAGAAGAAGGAUAAGGAGAAGCAGCCAUCCAUCAUUGUCAUCCAAGGACCCAAGCCUGGAAGGCCAACCGAACUCUCUAGAAUGCGUCAGAUACUUGUGAAACUCAAACACAACCCACCUGCCCAUAUGAAGUCUUCACCAAAACCAUCUUUGGAACCGGGAAAAGAUGCAAAGACAGGAACAAAAACUCCCGCUGCAGCUGCCUCUGCAAAGCCCCAAGCUACUGCAGCACCUUGAAGGAGCUUUAUCUGCUGCUGGACAAUGAAAAUGCUACUUUGUUGAUCUUGUAAAGCAGUCGUCCUUCAUGUUAACUUAAAUGUUAUGAGUUUGAGAAUAACUCCUAUCGGGAAGUGUUUACUCUCAUUUCUAGUUUUAGGAGCUAAUAUGUGCAUAGAGAAAAGGUUUCUGUCUGUUUCUCUGUUUUUACUGUGUUGAUAGUUUCUCUCACCUGUAAACUUAACCUUCAAUAUCUGAAAUUUGGAGUUGUAUAGUAGCUCGUUCUGUGCAA